CUGCUGUUCAUCAGAUGAAUCAAGAGGCACCCGGUGCUGGAGCUGAUGCUGUCGAUGUGUGUUCCCCUUUAGGGUCGAAACCGACCAACGUGUCAGAAGGAAAAUGGCCGCCCCUAAAGGAAGCCUCACUUAAAUGCGCAGUCAGCGAUGGAAAUUACUGUCAGUUAUCAGUUACUGGUGUCUGUCAAGUUGGGACUGACAGCAGCUUCGUGUCCGGCCUUCUGAAUCUUGAUGGUGGCCCCACUUUGUUUGCAUCUGGGUCUUUAAGUUUGACUCUAGUUUUUGUGCUUCGGGCGAGCAGAACAGAACAGAACAGGAAGCGGACUUGUUUUUGUCACAGACCACGUUCACCGUUUGAGUAGACAGAUAGAUGUUUGGAGACAGGCCGGACUCCAUUGGACCGAUGGUGAUUUGUUUUCCUGCUGAUUAUGGUGAAAACAAAGUGGGUGUAGAUGGAGGGAGGAGACGUUUCCUCUCUUUAAUCAAACAGUUUGGGGUUGUUUUUAGGAAAAGCCCAGUCUCUCUGUUAGACGUCACGUCCUUCCUCUUCGAUCGUUUCAUUCUGAGCAGCACACGUCAGAAACACUCCAGUCUCAGCCCGUCGUCUGGUGGCAGCGAGCAGGGAUGUAGACUUUCCUUUAAAACUCGUAAUCAAGCUCUUCCUCCUCUUCAUCAUGCCUGCCAUCCGUCAACGAAUACCAAAUUCAUCUCAUCCAAUACCUAAUGCAUCAGACCUGCCACGGACAAUUUACCCCAUCACCAUCAUCUCCACCGCCUCCAGCCGCACGAACACGACCAUCAAUCCAGCUGCCGCCGCCGCCAACUUCUUCAACGACCUGCUGGACCAGAUCCCCUUGCCUCGAUGGGCGAUCUACACCAUCUUUGUGGCCGGCGCUCUGCUGAUUCUGCUCUGCUGUCUGUGCAUCUGCGUCAAGUGCUGCUGCAGAGGGAAGAAGAAGAAGCGGCAGCAGAAGAAGAAUGAGAAGAUCAACCUGAAGGAGGCGAACGGGAAAACCACGACAGCUCUGGUUCAGCCAGACGUGGCAGACGUGGACUACGGCUCGACCAAAAAGCCGAGAGGAAAGCUGCUCUACUCUCUGGAGUACAACGGCGCUCAGUCUGAGCUCACAGUCGGGAUCAAGCAAGCCGACAGCCUGAAGGCCAUGGACCUGGGAGGAAGCUCGGACCCGUACGUCAAAGUCUACAUCAGCCCCGACAAAUCCAAAACCUGCGAGACCAAAGUGUUCAGACACACGCUGAACCCCGUCUUCAACGAGCAAUUCACCUUCCAGUUAUCCAAGUCCUCCCUCCUGAAGUCGACAGCGGUGAUGCAGGUGUUCGACUUCAACAGAUUCUCCAAACACAACGUCAUCGGCGAGCUCAGGGUGCAGCUCUGCAACAUCGACUGGAACCACGUCAUCGAGGAGUGGCAGGACCUCGCCGAGCCCGCCAAGUUCGAGGAAGAAAACCUGGGGGAGAUCUGCUUCUCCCUGCGUUACGUUCCCACCGCCGGCAAACUGACUGUGGUGAUCCUGGAGGCCAAAAACCUGAAGAGCAUGGACUCCGGAGGAUCCUCAGAUCCGUACGUGAAGGUGCAGUUGGCUCUGGACAAGAGGAAGUGGAAGAAAAGGAAGACGUCCAUUAAGAAGAAGACGCUGAACCCUUACUACAACGAAUCCUUCACCUUCGACGUGUCAUUUGAGCAAAUCCAGAGGGUGAACCUGGUGGUCUCCGUGUGGGACCACGACGCCAUGACCCGGAACGACACCCUGGGGAAGAUCUUCCUGGGCUGCGACGCCACGGGGAACCAGCUGAGGCACUGGGCCGACAUGUUGUCCAACCCGCGGCGGCCGGUCGCUCAGUGGCACGGCCUGCAGUCGGCCGAGCAGGUCAACUCCACCCUGAGCCUGAAGAAGAAGAUCCCCCUCCCCAGCAAACUGCCCUUCUGAAGGGAAACACACAGCCCCGGUCCUUUCUAGAAAACACAUUUCAAAUGCUCCGGACGAAGAGAUUUACAUAUUGUUUAAAGAUCGUUUCUCAGAUUUUCCUCUGGAAUUAUUUUAUCUGGUCGAUUACUUUGUUUUAUACAUUAAACAAACAAUUAUAUUUUAGUACCAGAUCAUAAAGUGAUAUUUUAAUUUCAAACACGAGCACUCCUUUCCUCCGUAUUGUACCGUGUGAACUGCAUCGUACCACUGAACACAUUUCAUCCCUCAGAUAUCGUCCAGUGCGCGUGUGUCCAACUCUCAGGUGGGCGGCGGUUCUCGGCAAACCUCAGGACGCUGGUGGAGGAGGGAUCAGAUCAAUGGAUCCACGUCCUGGAAAUCCUUCAGUUCUGCAGCGAGGGUUUGCAGCCGAGUGCCGGUCUCAGAAAUGAGAAAUUUAACCACUGUCCUGGGGAAAGGGGAGCGUCGCUGUUUCUGUGUGUGUG